AUGGCUGUACAUAGCAUUGAUUACUGGGACGUGUACUGCUUUGAAGACGGCGACACGAGUACAUCGAUUUUUGGAUUUGACUUCGAGGAUGACGAAUCUGGUUCGGAGAGCGAUUUACGAACACCUGAAGAAAUGCUCAGACACUCCCCCCGAACCUUUUUCCUGCACACCAUGACUUUGAGUCUCAGUCGUGUGCUGGACCAGUACACCAUCAUCUUGGAAGUUUUCCAGGACUUUAUCAAGAGGCAAGCGCGUUACUUGUCGAAGAGUGCUAAACAACCGAAUGAGUUCGCAGACAACAGGCGCCAGCUAAAGGAAGCCCUCCGUCAAGUCCUCAAUUCGAUCACAGUUCUGACACGUAAUGUUCAAGAAUUCCUAUCAAACGAUCCCAGGCAAGACCUUGAGGAUGUUCCUAACGGCGGUGACUUUGCAGAUGGGAUCGUGAGCAGGAAGAGCUAG